GUUGAAUAUAGAUUAAGAAUUGGAAAAACGAAAGGCUACUACAUUUUAAGUUGACAGUUUGCGAUAGAGAAAACAGACAAUGGCGACUGGAGGAGGUCUUUUGGGAGCAGGAGUACACAUACAUGGGGGAGCACCUCGUGGGACAGCGCCUGUCGGAGCCCCUGCUGGAGUAUCUUUUGACCUCGAGAAGAAAGAGGCUUAUUACUUACGUAUGCAUCUGCUGAUAGUAAACGAGGCAACCGCUUUGUUAAGGACACGGUUUGACCUGGCUGUACCGUCAAAUCAACUUCAUAGGACGUUACAAAAUUCUAUGAAAACCUUACUCUAUGCAAAAGAUAAAUAUCUUAAUAAAACGCAAUGGGAUUUUUUAUUUCCGAAAAACAAGCCACCGUCUUCGGACACCUUCGACGUUACCCUCCUAGUUUAUCUCCUCAGAAACAUCUGUAGACUUAAGUCGAAAUGGUGGGUCGAAUCUGACAACAGCAAGAUUCCUGACAUUGUAGUUACUAUGGAUGCUGACAUUGUUCGGUUGAGGAACUUAAGGAAUGAUCUGCUGCACAAACCCGUUGCUUCAUUAGAGCCGGCAGAAUUUGAAGACAUGUGGGACCUAGCAGAAAAGGCAAUGCUUCGACUUGCUGCAAAGUUAAACAUACAAGAUCAAAAGCAGAAAAUUGAUGAUUUGAAAACCAGUCAACUGGAUUUAGUUACCGAUGGAAUGAGAAGUAUAAGAGCAAAUACAGAAUUAUUUCUUCAAGACUAUCUUGACGAUCUUCAAUAUGUAGAAACUGCUGCCUACCAGAAAGCAAUAUCAAUUCUUAGAGAUAAACACAUGGUAAUACUAACUGGGCAUCCAGGGGAAGGUAAAACUACUAUGGCUGCAAGACUUGCCUUACACGUAAGUCAGUCCCCACGUAACUGCCUUAAUCUUGUAGCGCCAUCUGAUUGGAGAAAAAUCGAUUUGUUAUUAAAGCUUUUUGAUACAAUAAUCAUAGAUGACAUAUUUGGUGCUGGAGCCUUGGAUCAAAAGUUGGUCGGUGAUUGGCGAAAUCAUCUGAAUGAAAUAGAGAGAGCAGCAAAGAAAAAAGCUGUGAGAGUGAUAAUAACGUCCAGGCAUUACAUUUAUGAGGAAUCUAAAGAAGAGCUUGGCUCUGUGCCAAUGUUCACGGACGAUAAUAAAGCUCUUCUGCUGCUUACAUCUUCCGAUCUUUCACCCGACGAGAAAACCAAAAUUCUUAAGAUGCAAGCGGAAAAAAAUGAACAAAUUCUGGAAGACAAAACAAUACAUGAAUGUGUUGAAGCUUCUAAAGGGCCGACAGAAGAAGUAAAAGAUUUUCUGUUCGGAUUCCCAGAAUGUGCAUCUAUGUUUGUCAGAAACAAAACCAUGCUCGACAAAGGUGCAUCGUUUUUUAAGAAACCAGCCCAGUUCUUUAAAACAUACUUAGAAAAUUUGUAUAGAGGCAAAGAACAAGAAAAGUUUUUAGCACUUGUAGCUGUAUGGGCCAGUGAUGAUAAAAAAGUAUCACGAAAAGAGUUGAAGAAUACGGAAAGUGCAUCAAACCAUGUCAAGAAGGUAGCAAAAAUAUUUGGCUAUAAUGUCAGCCGAGACUUCCUUUACAAAAUGCGAUUGUCAUUAGAGUCUCAUGUGGGAGGAUAUCUUGUUUUUAUAGGGGCAACUAAAGAGUAUACUUUCAGUCAUAAUGUCAUCGCAGAUAUGGUUGGUUUGGUCAUUGGUAAAAAGGAACCAGAAAAAUCAAUAGAAAUAUGUCCACGAGAUUUUCUCAUGGAGUUUGUUUCAAUUGAGGAGGGCAUGCGAGAUGAUUUUAAAAUAGUCUUAAUGGACAGCGAAAUAGAUUGUCUUAUUGCUAAAUGUGUUAAAAUGAUUUUGCGAGAGAACUGUAACCAAGUUGCUAAAGAAAACAAACUGGAUGAGUUUCAAACACUUUCCAGAUCCGGACAGAGAAAUAAUGACAUCAACAUUAUAAACACGAUUGAUUUUGGUAUCAUUAAACACAAAGCCUUUAGCUCUGAAAAAUUUGUUAAAAAGUUCAUUGAAUAUGUCGUUAACGAAAAUAUCAUCCAAAACGUUUUCUCUGUACCUGUUAUGACAAUGAAGGGAUAUUUCCUUGACUAUGGCAUAUCUAUGAAGCAACUUGACAUGUGUCUGAUUGGAUAUGCCUGGUACAUUGGGGCAACGACAUUUGCAAAGGAAGUUAUUACAAGACAUGUUCUCGGAGAGGAAAACGUCGAUUUGUCGGUAUCCUUGUUGUUGGCCGUUCACUCAAGACAAAAGGAUUCAGUAGAAUUCCUCCUAAGCCAUGGAGCAAAGGUAACUGGCGAUGCGAUAUAUAUCGCUUCUCAUAAGAACAUAGAGCUUCUUAAGAUAUUACUUCAAUAUCCAGGAACAAACGUCAAUGAUAGAGGAAAUGCAAUCAAUGGUAAUUUUCCUUUAAUCGUAGCAGCGCGAAAGGGUCUAACUGAAGCUGUGAAAUGUAUGCUUAGCUCAGGUGCUGAUCUCGGAGUACAGAACACAGCACACAUGACGGCAUUACAUAAAGCAAUACUAUACAAACGCAAAGAUGUAAUCAGACUUUUGAUAGAUGCCGGAGCACCACUUGAUAUAAAAGGGGGUAAAUUCAAAAGAACACCUUUACAUCUAGCAGUUGAUUUGAAUGAAAUGGAUCUUGUGGGAGUUCUCCGUCACAAAGGUGCAUCAUUGAUGGUCAAAGACCAUAGAGGACACUAUCCAAUACAUAUUGCUGCUAUACGAGGAAGUACUAAUAUUGUAAGAGCACUUUACUUAGCUGAUCCAAGCCAGGACAAACUACGAAUUUCUUCUUAUGGUACAAAGUCUAUUAUCAAAGGACUGUCAUUGUUUCAUAUUGCCGUUUGGAAAAAGAAUGAGGAGCUUCUAGAUGCUUUAAUACAAUUAAAUGCUGAUCCAAAUGUAAAAGAUUUCUAUGGCCAGACGCCUUUGUUCUUUGCAAUAAUGAGAAAACAGGAGAGCUUCAUCAAUAAAUUAUUGAACUACGAGAGAACCGAUAAGAGAAAACCACAAAAGCAAGGUUUUACUCCUCUACAUGCGGCUAUUCACAAAGAUUUAGAUGACAUUGCGACACGUUUGACAGGAGAUUCCGAUGUAAACGCAAAGGACAAAUACGGGAAAACGGCACUUCAUGUAGCAUGUGAAAAGGCAAAGGUUCGGUUAAUACAGACUCUUCUUAAAACAGGGGCAGAUCAAAGAAUUAUCACAAAGAGAGGAGAUACUGUGUACCAUAUCUUGAGACGAAGUAAGAAGAAAUUGUCUGCAAAUAAAGCUAACGAGUCAGGUCAUGCGUGA